AUGACUGCUGAAGAUUCUCCUAUAAAAGAGGACACUAACUGGUUUCCAAUAUUCAUCACUGAGUUUCUUGUGAUAUCGAUAAUUAAUGCUAUCACCAUCACCGCCUUCGCAAGAAUCCGCCAUCUACGCAAGCGCAGUACGUACCUCAUAAUAAACCUGACUUUGGCUGAUCUACUGGUGGGUGCCGUGACAGGACCUUUGUACUCUUUAAAAAGACACAAAGAAAACAGCGUCUUCACAUGGGCCAUUAAACUCACCUUCCUAAUAGCUUCCUACAUGAAUCUUUCCUUGAUAUCCUUAGAGCGGCUACAUGCAACACUUUUCCCCUUCAGGCAUUGCUUGAUAACGAAAUGGACUUACAUUAAAAUUAUCAUCGCCUGCUGGUCUAUAAGUUUACUUUUGGCCUUUGUCGUGGCUGUUUUAUCAGAAGAAGUAUUUCAAUACGCAUGGGCAUCAUUUAGUGUUGUCACUUUACUGGUCCUAGCAGUCUGUUAUAUCAUUAUCAUUGUUGAUGUUCAAAGAAGUCCUCAUUCACAACAUUAUGGUUCAGUUCACAAAGAAAGGAAACUAUCAAUAACAUUAUUGAUAGUCACUGGAGUUUCUGUUCUCGCCAUUCUUCCUAUGGCUAUUUACAAAUCCAUGCCACAACACAUAAAGGAAAAAUGGCACAGUGCGUCAAGCGUUGAUGUCCAUGAUACUCUAGCUGUGAUAUCCUUUGCCAAUUCCAUGGUGAAUCCUCUUGUAUACGCCAUACGAAUGCAGGAAUUUAGAAAAGCGUUAAGAAACCUUGGAUCACGCCAAAGGCAAGCAGGGCAACGACGGCAGACAAGCACCGACCGGAAGAGAGCUCAACCUUCACAACCUCAAACUAUGUUGUAAACUCCAAACUGCCAAAGAGUCGAGAUGUUGCGGACGAAGUAAAACCUACUUUGCAGAUUUCCAGGACCACAUUGAAAUUAUCAACUUUCCAAACUGUGGAAAUGAACUUUAAGUUAAGAAUUCUUAAGUAAUAAAUAGUAAAUGCCAAAAGAAACCUGCCCAGAGUCAUGCGCCUGGACUUACAAUUUCAUAUAAGUAACUGCUAUAAAAAACCUUAUUACAAGCUAUUUACAAAUAUAUGAAUAACAAUUAAAUAAACUUUCCAGGCGAACUGAGACUAAUAAGGAGUAGCAAAACCAAGCCAGUUGAAGCAAUUGGCAGACUAUCUUCCUGUGACUGCCUUGAAUUGGAGUGAGACUUUUACCUCUAUAUCUAGAUUCAAAACGAACAACCGGCAUGAUCAUGAUGCCGACACUACUAAAGAAAACUUUGACAGCCGUGUCCCUCUUUUGUGAUUCACGAGUGACAGCUUGUAGUUUUUCCAUACUUUGACUCCAUGUUACGAAGGGUGUAGUUAGUAAGCAGGUAAACACAGUUUGUUCUGGGUGGCCCAUUCAGCUUCGUGGCUGAUUUCCACUGGGUUAUGCUAAAAAGAAAUUCAAACAAAUAUGAACUAAGAAAAAAAUGUCAUAAAACAAGGGUUGAUAAGAAAAAUAAAUAUGAUUUUGAUAGGUUCUGUUUUCGUUCUCUAGUUAAUCUGCAUCUCGAAUGUAAACCAGUUAACGUCGAGAAUACAACGCCAUACCUCCAUUUUUUUAAUUUAACUUGUCUCUAAGUUACUGU